GAACAUCCAUGACGAGGGCAAAUUACAUAACGAGCAAAACCUCAAAGCAACUUUCCGAAUUACAGUCAGAUUUCACAAUAAGAAUUCUGUUUGGCCAAACCCUAGCGCUGUUCCAACGCUUGAAGUUGAAACAAUUCCAGCAAUGGUUACUGUUAUCUAUACUGUUAGAGUUUUACACAAGUAAAAAAAAAAAUUCUAUUUGCAGAAUUCUGGCCAAACCCUAGUGCUGUUCCAACACUUGAAACAAUUCCUGUAAUGGUUACUAUUGUCUAUCCUGUUAGGGUUGGCACAAUUGAUAAAGAAAAAAUCAGGCAGAGAAGAUAAAAUAGACUAUCGUUUGGUCUCAUCAUUAAUUUUAUUGAUCAUUGCCUUAAACUCGUCAAAACUGAUAAAGCAAUCGCCAUUCUUGUCGACACUCUUAAUAAUGAUCCUAGACUCCUUCCUGGUGCAGGGUUUGCUUAUAGUCUUGAGAAUUUUGUACAGCAACUUCCCGAAUUACAGUUAGAUUUCACAAUAAGAAUUCUGUUUGGCCAAACCCUAGCGCUGUUCUAAUGCUUGAAGUUGAAACAAUUCCAGCAAUGGUUACUGUCGUCUAUACUGUUAGGGUUUUCUACAAGUGAUUAAAAAAAUUCUAUUUGCAGAAUUCUGGCCAAACCCUAGUACUGUUCCAACACUUAAACAAUUCCUGUAAUGGUUACUAUUGUCUAUCCUGUUAGGGUUGGCACAAUUGAUAAAGAAAAAAACAGGCAGAGAAGAUAAAAGAGACUACCGUUUGGUCUCAUCAUUAAUUUUAUUGAUCAUUGCCUUAAACUCGUCAAAACUGAUAAGGCAAUCGCCAUUCUUGUCGACACUCUUAUAAUGUUCCUAGACUCCUUCCUGGUGCAGGGUUCGCUUAUAGUCUUGAGAAUUUGGUACAGCUCAUCUGCUGAGAUGGAGCCAUUCAGCCACCUUCAUCAUGACCUGGACCUUUGCCUCACGCACAUGACUGCUUAUGGGCCACAGGAUGUCUGCCAGCUCGGACUCAAAGAUCUUCCCGUUCCCGGUAGCAUCGAAUUUCUUGAAAACCUCUUCCAGUUCGUGGAUGCUCUGUUUCUUAACCCCUUCACCCAAGCAAAGAUAUCACGAAUCUGUUUUUUGACCAGCUGGGAAAUAUUUCUUAUAUUAAUUUUCAGAAAAACAAAAAACUGCCACUAAGACGUGAGAUACGAUAAGAUGAUAACAAUAGACAGAUAUAAUUACUAUUUGUGGGUUUUUAUGUUAACGGGUUUAUAUCACCCAUUUAUAAUUCUCGGCGUUAAUCUCGGCAUUGCUAAUAAUAAUAAUUAUUUUAUCUCUCAGUCUGGCUUCUCACAAUACAUCUGCUCUGCAAUUUACAAUAAAAAUUAAAUUCUUUCUCAUUCAUGGGAAACAAAGACAGAACAUUAGAUCCCGAGGGGCUUAAAAAAGAAACUGUUGAUCUGGAGCAUAUACCGAUUGAGGAAGUUUUUGAGGAGCUGAAGUGCAGUAGAGAUGGACUGUCUUCUGAGGAAGGAGGAACUCGGCUUACAAUUUUUGGUCCCAACAAACUGGAAGAGAAAAAGGAAAGCAAAAUUCUCAAGUUUUUGGGUUUUAUGUGGAAUCCCCUAUCAUGGGUCAUGGAGGCUGCUGCAAUAAUGGCUAUUGUUUUGGCAAACGGAAAUGGAAAACCUCCAGAUUGGCAAGAUUUCAUCGGAAUAGUUGUGUUGCUUGUGAUCAACUCAACUAUAAGCUUCAUUGAAGAAAACAAUGCAGGCAAUGCUGCUGCUGCUCUAAUGGCCCAUUUAGCUCCCAAGACCAAGGUGCUUAGGGAUGGCAGAUGGCAGGAGGAAGAUGCUUCUAUCCUUGUUCCUGGGGAUAUAGUUAGCAUUAAGUUGGGAGAUAUCAUUCCUGCUGAUGCUAGGCUGCUUGAAGGAGACCCUUUAAAGAUUGAUCAGUCUGCUCUAACAGGAGAAUCUCUCCCAGUAACUAAGAAUCCCGGGGAUGGAGUAUACUCUGGCUCUACAUGCAAACAAGGAGAGAUUGAGGCAGUUGUUAUUGCCACUGGAGUCCACACUUUCUUUGGCAAGGCUGCUCAUUUGGUUGAUAGUACAAACCAAGUGGGUCAUUUCCAGAAGGUCCUUACGGCCAUUGGUAACUUCUGCAUUUGUUCAAUUGCAAUUGGAAUGUUAAUAGAAAUAAUUGUCAUGUACCCUAUACAACACAGGAAGUACAGAGAUGGAAUUAACAAUUUGUUGGUGCUAUUAAUCGGGGGAAUUCCAAUUGCAAUGCCCACUGUAUUGUCUGUAACUAUGGCCAUAGGCUCACACAAGCUCUCGCAACAGGGGGCUAUCACAAAGAGAAUGACUGCCAUUGAAGAGAUGGCUGCAAUGAAUGUCCUUUGUAGUGAUAAAACUGGAACACUAACUCUCAACAAGUUGAGCGUUGAUAAAAAUCUAGUCGAGGCAUUUCCCGAUGGAGUGGACAAAGAUUAUGUGCUACUUCUGGCUGCCAGAGCUUCGAGAACAGAGAAUCAAGAUGCCAUUGAUGCAGCUAUGGUGGGAAUGUUAGCAGAUCCUAAGGAGGCUCGAGCAGGCAUCAGGGAAGUCCAUUUCCUGCCAUUCAAUCCAGUAGACAAGCGUACAGCACUCACUUAUAUUGAUUCUGAAGGAAAUUGGCAUCGAGCCAGUAAAGGAGCUCCUGAGCAGAUUCUUGAUCUCUGCAACAGCCGGGAAGCUCUGAGAAGCAAGGUGCAUGGCAUCAUGGACAAGUUUGCAGAUCGCGGGCUGAGAUCCCUUGCUGUGGCUAGACAGCAAGUUCUAGAAAAGAGUAAGGAGAGUGCAGGAGACCCAUGGGAGUUUGUUGGAGUGCUUCCCCUGUUCGACCCGCCACGUGUUGAUAGUGCUGAAACCAUUAGCCGAGCUCUGAAUUUGGGAGUUAAUGUGAAGAUGAUUACAGGGGACCAACUUGCAAUUGCUAAAGAGACGGGGCGAAGGCUCGGAAUGGGUGUAAAUAUGUAUCCAUCUUCUUCAUUGUUGGGAAACAACAAAGAUGCCUCCAUUGCAGCACUUCCAGUAGACGAACUUAUUGAGAAAGCCGAUGGGUUUGCUGGAGUGUUCCCAGAGCACAAAUAUGAAAUUGUAAAGCGGCUUCAAGAAAUGAAAUACAUAUGUGGAAUGACGGGCGAUGGAGUGAAUGAUGCUCCUGCUCUCAAGAAGGCAGACAUUGGAAUUGCAGUAGCAGAUGCCACAGAUGCUGCAAGAAGUGCUUCUGAUAUUGUGCUUACUGAACCAGGCCUUAGUGUUAUCAUUAGUGCUGUCAUUACCAGCCGUUGCAUUUUUCAAAGAAUGAAGAAUUACACGAUCUAUGCUGUCUCGAUUACCAUUCGUAUUGUGCUUGGCUUCAUGCUCAUCGCUCUUAUCUGGAAGUUUGAUUUCUCUCCUUUUAUGGUUUUGAUCAUUGCCAUUCUUAACGAUGGUACAAUUAUGACCAUAUCAAAGGAUCGUGUUAAGCCAUCUCCUAUGCCUGAUAGCUGGAAGUUGAAGGAAAUAUUUUCAACAGGUGUUGUUUUGGGCACUUACCUUGCAGCAAUGACAGUUAUAUUUUUCUGGGGUGCUCACAAGACAGAUUUUUUUCAGAACAAAUUUGGUGUUCGGCCAAUAAGAGAUAGCAGGGAUGAAUUAACGGCUGCAUUGUACUUGCAAGUGAGCAUUGUGAGUCAGGCCCUUAUCUUCGUCACUCGAUCUCGCAGUUGGUCAUAUGUAGAGAGGCCUGGCCUUUUACUUCUCUCUGCAUUCGUAAUAGCUCAACUGAUCGCUACAUUUAUAGCAGUAUAUGCAAAUUGGAGGUUUGCACAAAUUAAAGGAAUUGGAUGGGGAUGGGCAGGUGUCAUUUGGUUAUAUAGCAUCAUAUUCUAUAUACCUCUAGACAUUAUAAAGUUUGCAGUCCGCUAUACAUUAAGUGGAAAAGCUUGGGAUAAUCUCUUUAAAAACAAGAUUGCCUUUACAACAAAAAAAGAUUAUGGAAAAGAAGAGCGUGAAGCACAAUGGGCUCAUGCACAACGUGCAUUAGAUGGCCUUCAUCCUCAAUCAGAUCCAAGGGGAUUUUUCUCUGAUAAAAAGGGAUCCACAGAAUUGUCUGAAAUUGCAGAACAAGCUAAACGACGUGCAGAAAUUGCAAGGCUUCGAGAGUUGAAUACUUUGAAAGGACAUGUUGAGUCUGUGGUUCGACUCAAGGGCUUAGAUAUUGAAACAAUUCAACAAUCGUACACUGUAUAACUCAAACUUUUAAAAGUCUAACAAGUCUCAAAUUAAAUAUUCUAUGAUAGGGUAAGAGAGUAUAGCUUUGUUAUGGUAUGACAACCCUAUGUAACAUGGAAUUUUUUACUAUUAUGUACACAAACAUACACAUUGCAUUUGUGUAUAGAUGGAAAAAUAUGUUGCAUCAAUAUUUGAUUGUAAGUUAAAAAUAAUUCUAUUUUAGGUACUACAAUUAUUGGAUCUUUCCAAACAAAAAACUUACAUCAAAGUUUUAUAGUAAAGUAGUAUUGUUAGUGGAAAUUCUAGUUUUAUGCUAUAUAAUUUUUGAGCACUUUGAGAA